AUGUGGAAAGUGAUUCUCGCAAUAUGGCUGCUCGCUGGCCUACUAAGCACUCCAGGAUUCGUUAUCGCCUCCCUAAAGCACAGGUACAACUGGAGAAACGCCCCGAGAAAUAAAACAAUUGCAAUCCCAGGCUGGAUUGAGAUUCUUAACUCGACGUUUUCAUUUGUAAUCUCCACUUUCGGACUCAUUUUGCCGAGUGCUACCAUGAUAUAUUGUUAUACUAGGAUUAUUUAUGACAUGUGGUUCAACGCUGAAGCUAACAAAGCGAUGAGCGUUCCCCUUUUACAGUCGAGACGCAAAUUGACAAAGCUUUUUAUACUGGUUACCAGCAUAUUUCUCAUUGCAUGGACCCCAACAUUUUCAAGACUCAUUGUCCUACAGUUUGUCAACAUCAGUGAAGCCUGGAAGUUCGAAAUAAUUUCUUUGUUCCUUGGGUUGGCGGGAUCCACAGCUAAUCCUGUCAUUUAUUCAUUACGUUGUCCAAGAUUUCGACGAGAGGUUGUUAAAUUGCUGGCAUGUCUACGGAGCUGCAAAAGAAAGGCGCGAACGCAUGUUAUACUUUCCCCCUUACGACCAAUUGAUACUCAUUGA